CAUUGCCUAGGCCACAGUUAGGCCUAGUUUAGUGGGCGUAUAUUUCGGAGCACAAGGUAUGAGAGUUGUAACUAAGAAAUAUUCAUUAUUGUGUUUGUGAAAGAGGGAAGAGGAAGAACAGAAUACAAGGAAAUCCUCUUAUGCUGAAAGGAACUUCCAUAGGUUGCCUCAGCAAUGGCUGAAACACUUGUGGCAGGCGUUGCUGCCCGACUCCCAGAAUCGGAAAACAUUGAUGAAUUCUGGGAGAAUUUGAUGCGAAGUAAAGAUAUGACAAGACAAACAAGAUGGCCUCAAGGACUGCAUGGUACACCUCCUAGAAUGGGACAAAUAAAGAACAUUGACAAAUUUGAUGCAGAAUAUUUCAGCUUUGAAGAAAAUGAGGUUCAUCAUAUGAACCCCAUGUUGAGGCAUUUAUUGGAAGUUUGUUCUGAAUGUAUUGUGGACUCCGGCCUCUGUCUGCCAGUGUUGCAGGGUAACAUAACAGGGCUUUAUCUAAGCUGUUUUCUUCCUGACAAUGAUUCUCUGGAAACAUCAAGAGGAUCCAUCUCAAGACUAUGUACAACUGUACCUAUGAUGGCUGGUCAUCUGAUGGAACACUUUGGCUUUAGUGGGCCAAUGAUGAGUGUGGACACUGGCUGUAGCUCGAGUCUGUCAGCAUUGGAUCUAGCAGUCGGUGGCCUGAAGACAGGAAAAUGUCAGUUUGCUAUAGUUACAGCUGUCAAUCUUUUGCUGAAUCCCAGUUACCUACAACAGAUGACACAGCUGGGAAUGCUCAGUCCUAAUGGCCAGACUAAUGUAUUUGAUGCAAAAGCGGGGGGAUAUGUGAGAGCUGAAGGAGUGGUAUCUGUUCUACUCACCAGGAAUGUUUCUAUUUGUAAGCAUGUGUAUGUGAGUGUCGUGGACAUCCUUACAAACUGUGAUGGUUUCAAAUCAGAAGGAAUCACCUUUCCAAAUAGCCAAUCUCAGGCAGAGUUAAUGACAACAGUAUACAGCAGAUGUGGUAUUGAUUUAAACAGAAUCAGUUUUGUGGAAGCACACAGCACAGGUACAAAGGCUGGGGAUCCUAUUGAAGUAGCUGGCAUUUGUGAGGCCCUUUGUAAAGAUGGUCAUAAACCUUUGUUGAUUGGAUCAGUCAAAGCCAAUAUUGGACAUAGUGAGGCAACAGCAGGGCUUGCAAGUUUUGUGAAAUGCAUUAUGAUAGCAAGACAUGGCAUGAUACCACCACAGAUAAAUUUUCAUUUGCCCAAUCCCCAAACAGAUGGCAUUGUACAAGGGAAAGUCAGAAUUGUAGACAAACCCACACCUUUAGCAGAUGGAUACAUAGGUUUGAAUUCUUUUGGAUAUGGAGGUUCAAAUGGACAUCUUGUGCUGAAGCCAUAUAGAAAUCAUUGCAACUUAACAGGUAUUCCACACAGCUUGGUGACAGUCAAAGCAAGAAAUGAAGCAGAAAUGGAAUCUUUUGUGGACUUUAUCAGGAAGAACAGAAUGGAUGUAUCCUCACUGGCUUUGCUGUCCAAUUCCUGGUUGUCACAUGACCCUAAAAGACUAAUGAGGGGAUAUGUUCUUGGAUUAAUUGAUGAUGUCAGAUAUAAAGUGUCUAAAAACAUCACAGUGAUUCCGUCGUUAUGGCUGAUGCUGAGAGAUGUAGUAUGGGAGGACUUAGCUAUAUCGUCAACACUAUUGGAAAGUCCAAUUUUUAAGAAAUCAAUUCAGUCCUCCCAGCAGAUUUUGUCCAAAGUGGAUGACACAUUUCAGUUGGAACAAAUGUUAAUUGGACAUACAUGUGAAUCCAAUAUUAAUAAGAGCAUUGUUCUUGCCAUCUCUACUUUAAUUGGUAUAGUGGACACCAUCAUAGAAACAAAAGUCCCCAUUGAAGGUGUGCUUGGCAGUGGACUAUCAGAAAUUGUUGCAGGGUAUAAAGAUGGCUGCCUCAGUAGGGAUCAAUGUGUUCGAUUGGCUUUUUUGAUAGGACAGCAAAUUGAAAAAUAUGCAAAAGCAGAUGUAACUGGCAGAUACUCUGUAUACAAAACCACUUUGAGCUUUGACGAGGUGCACUGCCUUGGGCCCUUUACUCGAGUCCUCUCAAUGAUAUCUGAGGACACCUUUGUUGUGGCAGUGGAGGAAAAACAAAGGGAGGAGGUGCUGAGGGCCAUUCAUGCCAAAGGUGGCUACUAUAUGGAGUUACGAGACAGACUUCCUCUGUACAGUGAUUGGAUGAAUGGCUUGGUUGAUGGCAUUGAAAAGGAAGUGCAGAAAAUUCUAUGCAGUCCUAAGUUCAGAUCAAAACGCAUGACAAGUCUAUCUCAGAACUAUGCCUAUGGCUGUGAGCCCAGUGUCAGGAGUUUGUUUGACUGGAGUUUCCUGAAGAGGAUUCUGACUACUCCCACCACAAUCACCACUGUAAUGACCACUCUGCCACAGGACACCAUUCUAAUGGAGAUCAACCUGUGUUUGGUAACGGAUCAUAGGAAAGUAAACAACCCUUCAAUUCCAUGUGCUGGGGACAUGAAAUCUGUGUUGGAGAUGUUAGGAGAGAUACAUUUACUGGGACAUGACGUUUCUGUACAGUGGUUAUAUGAAGAAGUGUCUUUCCCUCUGGAUGUCACUGCUCCUUCCCUCGGUCCCUUGGUCAAGUGGAACCACAAUCAGUCAUGGCUAAUUCCCGAAUGGCCAGAAUUCUAUUGCAGGGUAAAAGAUGAUGUUGAAGCCUUGUACACUAUCAGCGACAUUGAAACAGAGGGGAUCCACUCCAUCCAGGGCCUGCUCUUGUACCACGUUCUGAUGGCCAUCACUGAAAAACACAACAAAACUCAUGAGCUAAACAGUGGAAUAGAAGUUUUUGACAUGGUGUGGUCUUCGACUGAAAUGGAUCAGGAAGAUGUCAUCAACACUGACACAAUACAUGUGGAGACUGGAAAGAAAUCAUUUGUUGUGGAGAAAGAUGGAGAAACUGUGUUGCUUUCUGGAAAGUACAGAAUAUAUAAACCAGAAGAAAGUGUCACUUUACCUAAAAUUCCUGGUUAUGACCUUGACAUCAAUGAGAAUUUGAAAGGAGAUCAUGACAAAGUUUUACUAGAGAAGACAGAGAUAACAUGGGAGGAUAGUUGGCUAGAUUUCCUGGACACACUUUUAGAUUUCUCCACCCAGUGGCUUGAGGGACCACUGCUUAGAAUAUGGGUUAAUCCCAAAUCUCAUAUGAAGGAGGUCAAAGAUUGUGCCAACAUGCUGGCAGUGUUGGAGGGAUGUACAGGACUUUGCAAGGCAGGUGCUGUAGUUCUGCACACCAAAGUCAGUCAGCUGAAGAAAUACAACAUCCAAAAAGUUGCUAAUUUAAGUGGGACAGAAAGUUCCAAGGUCAGCCUGCUGAUGGUGUAUACCAUAGAAUCACUAAUCAAGAGUAGCGACAGAGUGUUGAUAUAUCAGGGAGAAAAUUCUAUUGAACAAGUGAUUGGAAUCAUUUUAAUCACAGAAAAAGAGGUUGUGAGUCAAGAGUUCCCGUUGAGCAUGGGCUGGACACCUAACAACUUGGAACAGCUGAUUCCAUACAUGCUAGCAGUCCAUUUGCUGUUUGAUAUUGCCAAAAUCAAGGAAAACCAGACACUACUGAUACUACCACCCAUUGAUACCUUAUGUAUAUAUUUGAUGGCAAUAGCAAAUGAAUUGGGAGUCAGUGUAUUCACAUCCAGUUUUGAUGCUGAGGUUCGAGAUGUGAUUGAUAAUCUGUUUCCCUUUGUGAGAGUGGUGUCUGGAGAAAGGCUAGAACAGAACAUCAAAACCUUGACACAAGGAGAGGGCUGUGAUGUUGUCAUCAAAUUCACUAGUGCAGAUUUUCAGACAGCCAUCAGUUUGACAUCUGCCAGCGGUAAAGCCCUCUUCUGCACGCUGCCUUCUCCACAGGAAAAGAUAAACCUAUCCAAAAACUGCUCGCUCAUCAUCCCUGAUCUCUCCAAGGCUGUUGCCAGCUUCAUUCAGAAGAGCCCUGAGGAGAUCCAGCUGUUUCUGUACAAUAUGCAAAAUGGCUGUAUUGCAGAGAUGUCUAGAGAAGGCUUUCCCGAGGCACAGGGAUUGAAAUACAACUUGGUAGAGCGUUCACAUUUUACACACUCAGUGGAACUGGAUCAAGUCCUCUCAGCCAUUGAAGAUCCCGUUGUGAAUCUGAACAACCAGAGUAUAGCUGAAAUGAUGGAAGCUGAUGCCAUUGCAAUGCAGAGGCUACAGAUUGUAAUUACAACAAAACCUAAAGACUUCUCAAUUCUUGUGCAUGACUGCUCAGUCAACGAAAAUCACUGUGACAGCUUAAGUCCUCAGAAUAUCACUCGGACAGUUACCCCACCCAAAUCUCAAGCAUGUGAAGAAGUGAAAAUGAUUUACUUGCCAGAGAUCAAUCUACAGGAUUUUGAUGAGGUGUUUGAUACUCAUACACUGACAACAUCUUUUAUCACAAAUGAGACUGCCACUGAGUCAACGGAUUUGACCUCUACUCCAAUGUUUGGAUUGGCUUCUGAUCAGAGAGAGAAGAGUAAUGAGCUGACAGUAAAGACACCUCCUAUUCACACAAAACCAAAACAGGAGAUGGCACAAUUAGCCAUUCCCAGGUUGAUCAUCCCAUCUGCCAUUUCAAACUUUAAGAGAAGGGCCAAGAUGAGCCUUAUUGUAUGCUCCACCUCCUCUACUCCUGCCCUCACCUCCAGUCUGAAAACACUGCUAACACCACUUUUAUUUAGUGAACCUACCAUUGUGCCACUUAAUGAUCUGGAAAAGCAGCCAUCAUUAUUUUGCAUUCAUCCUAUCACUGGAAACUUAAAACUGCUGAAAAUCUUGGGGAGUUUACUUCAGUACCAAUGUCAUGGAAUACAAAGAACACAUGUCACACCACAAGAUUCUAUUCAGAGUAUAGCUAGCUAUUACAAAAAUGCAGUGCAGAUGCACCAGGAAAAUGAACCUUACUUUCUAAUAGGAUAUUCCUUUGGAUCAUUAAUUGCAAUGGAGAUGGCAAUGCAACUUCAGGAGCAAGGAUCAAAAGUAGGAUGCCUAAUUCUGCUUGAUGGAGGUCCAUCCUACUUUUACAAUCAGUUCUGUCAAGGAAUCCAAACCGCUUUAAGAACAGAUCAGGAAAGAUGCUACAUUGAGUGUGGAGCUCUCAUUAACUUUCUACAGAUGUACGUAUCUGUUCCCAAUCCGAAGCUUAUUCUGAAGAUCCUUCUCUCCUUGAAAACCUUGCAGGAACGCAUUGAUCUUGUCUUGGACAUGACGUUUGGGCGUGUACUUGUCAGUCCAAAUCCAGCUAAAUCCAGGUGGCUUGUUGCCAAGGAAAAACUAAAGAUGAUGGGCACUCCUGGUAAGGGCUUUGGCUUCAGUGAUGCUGCAGAGGAACUGAUACGUCUGAAACGUCAGGAAGCUGCAAGGAGUUUCAUUAAUUGUGUGCAGAUUGCCUACAAAUAUCAUAGCAUGGGAAGAAAAUUCAAAGGGGAUGUCCACUUAUUGAGGGUCAAGUCUGACCUGACCCUCCCCACUGCAGUUCCAUUGGACUAUGGACUGAAAGACUGGUGCACUGGAAAUGUGAAUGUGAGAUUUUACAAUGGAUCACAUGAAUCCUUCCUUAAUGAUAGUGAUGGAGAGGCUGUAGCCACGGAUGUCAUGGAAAUUGUGCAAGAGUCCUGCUAAAGGCAAAGAUACUAGCAAUCAUAUGCUUGUUAUAUGUCUAUUGAAGUUCAGACAAGAAAUUGUGCAGUAUUUUGAACUUUCCAUAAAGUUAUACAUGAACAUCCUAUUGUAAUGAUCAUGGGUUUCUUUCCUAUGAAAAGGAUGUAAUUUCACAAUUUGAACAUCAAAACACUCUUAAUUGUAAUGGGUGUUAAAUGUGAUGUAAGAAAAUAAUAAAAUAUUUUUGAAUUGAGUGCAAAAGGUUUUGUUUUGCUCACUGUGGAUAAAAAUCAUAAUGAGAAUUGUAUGCAAUACUUAUUGGUUAUUGACUAGAGAUGCACAAGUUUAUGUAUACUGGCAUGUUGUAAUUGUAGAGAUGCACAAGUUUAUGUAUACUGGCAUGUUGUAAUUGUUUUGUUGCACAAUACAUAUAAUAUACAAAGACUAAAAUAUUGGAAUUUCAUACAUGUAUUAUGAAUUCUGAAAAUAUUUCAUUUAAUCAAUUGGAUUUUUUAACUGUAAUAACUGGAAGUAAAAAAAAAACUUGCUGGUCAUCUUGAAGCAUUUUUUGUGAAUUAAGAACAAUAAAGUAAAAGAACAGUAAAAAAAAAUAAUAGGGCCGAGAUCAAAAGUUCAUGUCUGACAAAAAUCUAAAUUCACAUAGUUUCACACACACCCUUUAAAACUAAAUAUGAUGAAUAUUGAAACUAAUCUAUUAACAAGUAAAAACAUAUCAUUAUAAAUAGCACUGCAUACCUUUCUACUGUUGAUUCACAAAUGAAAGUGUACAUUAAAACCAUUAAAUGUUCAUUAAAAUGAAAUGUUAUUAUGAAAGGUAAAGAUACAAACAGUGAUCAAUCUCUUAACUUCAUUUUUCCCAUUGUGGGAAUGUGGUAUAUAAACAAUGAACCUCCGUUGCCCAUAGUGUAUCCCCCGAAUCUGCAUCUUGGCUACUUUUGAAACUAUCAAAGAAAUAUGACAAAUCGCUCAUUUUUGUUACUUUUUAGCUCACCUGAGCCAAAGGCUCAAGUGAGCUUUUCUGAUCACAUUUUGUCCGGCGUCCGUCUGUCUGUAAACUUUUCACAUUUUCAUCUUCUUCUCAUGAACCACUGGGCCAAUUUCAACCAAACAUGGCCAAAAGCAUCCUUGGGUGAAGGGCUUUCAAGUUUGUUCAAAUGAAGGGCCAUGUCCCUUUCAAAGGGGAGAUAAUCACAAAAAUGCAAAAAUAGGGUGGGGUCAUUUAAAAAUCUUUUUCUCAAGAACCACUGGGUCAGAAGAGCUGAAAUUUACUUGAAAGCUUCCUGACAUAUUGCAGAUUCAAGUUUGUUCAAAUCAUGGCCCCCGGUGGUAGGAUGGGGCCACAAGGGGGGAUCAAAGUUUUACAUACAAAUAUAUAGGGGAAAACUUUAAAAAUCUUCUUCUCAAGAAUCACUAAGCCAGAAAAGCUGAGAUUUACAUGAAAGCUUCCUGACAUAAUGCAGAUUCAAGUUUGUUCAAAUCAUGGGCCCUGGGGUUGGAUGGGGCCACAAGUGGGGGGGUCAAAGUUUUACAUACAAAUAUAGGAAAA